UGGACACGAGCUGAGCUGCUCGUGACUUCCCGAGCUUAUGUACUCCGUCCUCAUGUUCCUCCAACGACAGCUCCAUGACCAGCCAUGAUCACUAACAAUCACAUCAAUAAACCCAAUACAACAAUCAUAACCUGAAUUGCAGGUUCUCCCCCUACAAAGGCAGCUCUAUGAUGACUCUACGACGUUCCGCUCGUCUGAGCGCAGUGUCCAACACCCCCAUCCCGGUCCUGCAACCAGCUAUCCCAAUCAAGCGAGCCAACAGGCCCGCCAGCACCAACGGGGUCUCAAAAGCACGAAAGCCUACAGCAAGGGGCAAAAAGGCGCUGAACCUAAAAUCGAAUCCUAAAUUAGAACCACCUCCCCUCGCAGACACAACCAAGGCACCAUCAUCAGCAGCAGCAACAACAAAAACGCCUAGCACUAACAUCUGGGACCCCUCACCCACUGAUAACAGCAUUAGCAGACCACAUUCCACCCCUCCCCCGCUUGACCGACCGGUCGAACCGCACAGGACCAACGCAACGCUCCUCACUCCCCAUGGCUCAUCACUGGUUGCAUACCCGCCCGGCACGGAGGAUGCAUCACCAAGCAAGACAGGCCGACCUCGUCCAAUCGCCACGACAGGCACACUACUCGAGAAAGCCAUUGCGCAUCUGAUCGCCACCGACCCGCGACUUGACCCCGUCAUCAAGGAACAUCCUUGUCCACUAUUUACCCCCGAGGGCCUAGCCGAGCAGAUCGAUCCGUUUCAAAGCCUAGUCAGCAGCAUCAUCGGACAACAGGUGUCCGGCGCAGCGGCCAAAUCAAUUAAGGAUAAAUUUGUGGCGCUAUUCCAUACCGAUAGCGAUGGAGCUAGAGAAAAGUUCCCCACGCCGGAAGAGAUCAUCAAAAUGGAUAUCACUACACUCCGAACAGCUGGUCUAUCUCAGCGAAAAGCAGAAUACAUACACGGACUAUCUGAGAAGUUCGCAAGUGGUGAAUUGAGUGCCCGGAUGUUAUUGAAUGCUAGCGACGAGGAACUCGUCGAGAAAUUAACCGCUGUACGAGGCUUAGGCAAAUGGUCCGUUGAGAUGUUUGCUUGCUUUGCCUUGAAGCGUAUAGAUGUGUUCUCGACGGGUGAUUUGGGUGUACAGAGAGGUUGUGCCGUGUUCAUUGGCAAGGAUGUAAGCAAAUUGAAGGGAAAGGGCGGUGGUAAGUUCAAGUAUAUGGCUGAGAAAGAUAUGCUAGAGCUGGCUGCGAAGUUUGCCCCGUAUAGGAGCUUGUUCAUGUGGUAUAUGUGGCGAGUGACGGAUGUCAAUAUUACGGUGAUGACUGCUUAGAGGGGAUAUAGAGCUGCUAUCUGCACGGGAUGUAUUAGGUGGAUUUGAUGGGUGUAUGUCAUUGGAGUUUUGGGUAGUAUAUACUAUGUAGGCCCUGUGUGAGACAGGGACAUGCCUACCUAGACCUAUUUAUCGGGGUGUAUAUGUGAGGCGUUCAGCUGUUUAACCCUCAUAUCCGUACCACGGCCAUAAUAUCCCAUAUGUUACUCGUGGAAUAAGCUCGAGGAAUAAUACCAAGACACCACACAACUACGACACCCAAAACAGCCUAAAGAACGACAACGACAACGACGAAUGAAU